GUUUGAAGUCUCGGAACUCAAGUCUCACAAUUCAAAACCUUUGCUCAAAGCCCAAGUUCACAAAUCUUAGGUUCACUCACUCCUUGGCGACUUAGAAAGCUUUGUUCGUCAGACUUGAUUCUUACAGGUUGGCACGACGACGUGGAGGAUUUACAACAGCCGACUUAAGAGCGUUGACUUGCCAAAGGUGAAUGUACCUAGCAUCCGACGUGAUGGAAACGCCAGCAUCUGACACCUCUAGCCUACCUGACCGGCCACUGCUGUUGCCGCCAUGAAGCUCGGAGUCCUGGCAGCGGCAUACACGCUGCUUCGCAUUGCAUCGGCGGACUGGCAGUUCCGUUCUCGCUCUGACCUGGCGCCCCCGCGACUGAACAUCACCAUCCCGGCGACCAAGGACGCCGCCCCAGGCUACCUCUUCGUGGCCCCCUUCGCCGGGUUCCCUGACACGCCGACCGCGCAGCACGGCCCGCGGCAGGCAGGGCCGUACAUCUUCCGCGACAACGGCGAUCUCGUGUGGUCAGGCUACGGCCUGUACAGCAUCUGGUCGACCAACUUCCAGGCGGGCCGGUGGCGGGGCGAGGAGGUGCUCUUCAGCUUCGAGGGCGACCACAACGCAGGCUACGGUCAUGGCCAUGGUCAUGUCACCUUCAUGAACCAGCACUACGAGACGAUCCGUGAGCUGCGCGCCGGCAACCACAAGCUCGUUGACAAGCACGAGUUCCAUAUUGUCAACGAGGAGACGGGCCUGAUCCAGAUCUACCAGCCUGUCCCGAGGAACCUGACGGCCUGGGGCGCAAAGCCCGAGCAGCAGUGGAUUGUCAAUGCAAUCAUUCAGGAACUCGACAUCGCCACUGGGAAGCUCCUCUUUGAGUGGGCCAGUCUGGACCAUGUGUCUCCCGAUGAAGCCAUCCUGCCGAUCAACCCCGGCCAGGCCGGGUCUGGCUAUAACAGCUCGGACGCAUGGGAUUACUUCCACAUCAACAGCGUGGACAAAGACGCGGCGGGCAACUACCUCAUCUCGGCGCGCGACGCGUGCGCCGUGCACAAGAUCAACGGGACCGACGGGACGAUCAUCUGGCGGCUGCACGGUACGAAGAGCGACUUCGCUGUGGCCAAAGACGCGCAGUUCUGCUUCCAGCACCACGCGCGGUGGCUGGCGCACGACGAAGGGGCCGACAUCGAGGUCAUCAGCCUGUACGACAACUCGGCGCACGGCAGCGAGCACGGGGAAGGCCGCGAGGUGCACACGGCCGCGGCGAGCAGCGGCAAGAUCCUGCGGCUAAACACGACGGCCUGGACCGCCGAGCUGGUGCAGGGCUACUACCCGCCGGCCGGGCUAUCGCUGCUGUCCAAGUCGCAGGGCUCGACGCAGGUCAUGCCCGGAGGCAACGUGCUCGUCAACUGGGGCUCCGAGGGCGCCGUGACCGAGUACACGACCGACGGCCGGCCCGUGUUUCACGCCUUCAUGGACAGCGGCGCGCAGCUCGCCGCCGGCGUCGAGAACUACCGCGCCUUCCGCUACGACUGGACCGGGCUGCCGGCCGAGGACCCGGCGAUCGUGGGCCUCGCCGCCGCCGACGGCUCCGGCACCGCCGUCUACGUCAGCUGGAACGGCGACACCGAGACGGCCCGCUGGCGCUUUUUCGCCGUGGCUGGAGUUGACGCGGGCGGAUCGUCGUCUCGCCGCGUCUUCCUCGGCGAGGCGAAGCGGACGGGUUUUGAGACUGCGCUGUUUGUGCCGCGCAGCAGCACCGGCGGCGUCGCGGCCGAGGCGGUUGAUGCCAGCGGGAACGUCCUACGCGUCACGGGCGAGGCGCGCGUGGAGGCCGAGGUCCUUCCUCCCGGCAGCCCGGCCAGCGGAGUUGCAGCCUUGGGCCCCUCUGGGGUCUGUGGAGGCGGGAAUGAGCGGCAGAAGACGCUACUUGGCAGUAAAGAGCAUGCAGGCGGCACCAGCCGCUGGAAGGAGCACGGCAUCUUGAGAUUCUUCCGCCUUGGGGAGAAGGAUCUGUAA